GAUUUCUUCGAUGCCUAUUUAUUAUAUACUGUGUGUGCGAUAAGCCUUUUGGACGUGCGACUAAGAUUUAAGGAUAAACGGAGUAGCCAGAAGGACUAGUUAUUCUUACUUGACCGUGAGGCUCUCCCGGGGACCAAAGUGAUAAAACUUAAGUGGCGCAGGCUAAGGUCGUUACCACUAUCAUAUGUACGUGCGUUCUCCGGCAUCCUGCGAUCGUCAGUAGACGAUGAUCACUCGUUGGCGUCACAUCGUUCCUCCAUCCCACCUGAACUGUUCUCUCUAAAGGCAGACAUGUGGAGCCGCGUGUUGAUGCUGUUAACUGCCGUGGCCUGGCAAGUCUCUUCAUUCUUACAUUCGAAUGCAGGUCCAUGGAUCCAAGCUACGAAGGGCGAACUCUGGCCAUUGCCAAAAAUGCGUGUUAUCAAAGAAGACUUCUAUUUGUUGCGACCAUCUAACUUUGAAUUCCGUGUGAACGGCGAGGUGUGUGAUAUCGUGACUGAGGCGAUAGAACGGUACAACAGAAUUAUUUUGACGGAAGCUAGAAUAGCAAGGUUGGUCACGGAAGGGCAACCAAGAACAUCCGUUCGAGACGAUCCUCAUUUUAAAGGCAAUCUUGAAACCUUAAGCAUCCGUCUCUUCAAGCCUUGUGAACAGAACGGCGAGCAUUGGCCAUAUUUGUAUAUGAAUGAAUCUUAUAAACUCGAGAUAAAUAAGACUUCAUCAGUUGCCGUUCUAUGGGCUGAAUCCGAAUGGGGAAUCCUUCGAGGUCUCGAGACUUUUUCGCAGCUAUUAGCACCGUCUGGUGAUGGCCCGAGCUUAAAAAUAAAAUGCCAAACUAUCCUGGACGAGCCGAAACUGCCACAUCGCGGCCUCCUGCUCGAUACCUCCCGUCAUUAUCUACCCCUAUCUGACAUAUUGUUGACACUAGACGCUAUGUCAUACAACAAGCUAAACGUCCUUCAUUGGCACAUCGUCGACGAUAACAGUUUCCCAUAUCAGAGUACCAGGUAUCCCGACUUGUCCGCCAAAGGCGCCUACCAUCACUUGAUGAUCUACACACCUAAUGACGUACAGAAAGUCGUAAAUUAUGCGAGACUACGUGGAAUCAGAGUGAUGUCCGAAUUUGAUACACCUGGACACACUAGAUCAUGGGGUAUAGCCUAUCCGGAAUUAUUGACAACGUGUUAUGACUCCACCGAAAAACCAAAUGGUAUACUUGGCCCUAUGGACCCAACGAACCCGAAGGUGUACGACUUCAUACAGAAUUUGUUCUCUGAGAUCGUGCAAGUAUUCCCGGAUCAAUAUCUCCACUUAGGUGGCGACGAAGUACCCUUCGAUUGCUGGGCCAGUAAUCCGAGAAUUACCGAGUACAUGAAAGAGCGCAAUAUAUCUAAGAAGUACGAGCUGCUCGAAAACGAAUAUAUAGUCAAGAUACUCGCGAUCAGCAGUUUGCUAAACAUCAACACUAUUGUGUGGCAAGAAGUUUUCGAUAAUGGCGUUGUGCUACCCGCGAGCACUGUGGUGCACAUUUGGAAAGUACAAUUAUGGCAAAAAGAGCUAGAGAGAGCAACUAAGGCAGGACAUCCGGUCUUGCUGUCAUCCUGCUGGUAUCUGGAUCAUAUUGCCGGCGGUGGCGAUUGGCAAAAAUAUUACAAUUGCGAUCCUUUCGAUUUUGAUAAUGCGGCCAACGUUACACACCUUAUGCUUGGCGGUGAAGCCUGCAUGUGGUCAGAAUUUGUCAACAAAAAUAACAUACAUUCAAGAAUCUGGCCACGUGCGAGCGCAACGGCUGAACGUCUUUGGAGCUUCAAUAAGCAGGAUAACAACAUCGCCGCUCAACGACUGGAAGAACACGCUUGUCGUAUGAACAGACGCGGUAUUCCUGCUCAGCCGCCGAAUGGACCAGGGUUCUGUGUAACAUAGCCGGUUCUCCGUCAGUUGAUACCAAUGCUCCGUUUAAUCUAUGCAAUAUUUACACUCGCAUAGCAAAUCCUCGAGAAAUACGAGCUUCCGUUUCAUGCACUCAUUCAUCGUUAUCGUAUAAACAUGCAUAUGUUAUAAUAAAUAUAGCCUGAAUAAUA